AUGGCCUUUCCAGCUACCGUGGGUGAUCGAAACCCCAGAGAACUUCAGCACAGGAAUUCACAAGCUCACAUUGCGAACCAGUUCCCCGCCUAUGCCCCGCUUCGUUCCCCUGCUGAGGCAUCCCCCAUUUCGGCUGCUCCCGACAACAGAGCAACACUCCAACGUCGGUUCACAACCGACUCAUUGAAACAACCCCAAAUGAACACGCUCUCCAGUUGGGACCCUUCCAGCUUCAAUCGUAUAACUGCCGAGCCAUUGGAUUUGGCUCCUAGUGUACGUAUAUCCCCUGUGGUUUUAUUUUAUUUUAUUUUAUUCACCGGUACUCGUUUGAAGGUGGCUCCAGUUUGUGCCCUACUUGUCACUGACCUUCCCGUUUAUCCAUUUCAACUGCAGACUCGCCAGAAAGUUGAGAUGGUUCGUCUUGCUGCUGUGCUACAAAGUUUAUCCUGCUGACCAGUCGUGCAUGGCCAGUUGCAGCAGAAACAGCGUGAGAUGGAAUUGAAGCAACUGGAGGUGAUGAAAUUGCGUGAGCAGCAGAAGAACUACGAGGAGCACAUGAGACGCCUUGCAUUUCAACAGCAGGAGGACGAGAGGGAGAUUCGCCGUAUUGCCCAAGACCUCGACCGUAUGGCCCUCGGGGGUAAUUCCAGGCUUAAUUCCACUACCGGUAUGGGCCGUAGUGAGCCUACAACCCCCCCGGACCACGAUACCUUUACUCGUUCCAGGGCCGGGCAUCCUGGAACCGGUGCCCUGGCUACCCCCCCUGGAGCCGUUCGUCAUGAUCAACAGCAGCAACAGCAGCUUAUGACUCCACCAGCCGACGAUAUAACCCCUUUUAUAUCCCAUAAGGCAUCCAAGUCUAUGCCUGGGUCCAGACGCAACUCCGAUGAGAAUGAGAACAAGGGUACCCCAGACCAAAGUCUCGGAGGGCAACGGUCUAGCGUUAGGUGAAUGCCCUGCUUCUUUUUCACGUAUCUACAUGUGUAUAUGCAUGGGUUAAAUUUUUAUAUCUAUGUGUGCUAACCUACGAAGAAACUCUUUACCUAACGGUUCGGUUACGAGAGGUACCAACAAUGCCAGUGCAACCUUGGGCAUGGAAACAACACAGGUCAGUCGCAUCUUUCUCCCCGGGGAUGAGCUCGGUGGAAGUGGCCCCGCCAAGAGUGCACAAUCUACAACUUCUCCGGACAUUAAGGCUUUCUUCGAUAUGACCGAUCCCGAUGACAAAUUCCCAAUCUUGGUACGUCAUGGCGGUAACCCGGGAAUGGUGAGUUGAUGCCUGAUAUAUAUAUUUCCAAUGUUUUACAUUUGACUAAUCCACCAAAAGCUGUCGGCAUCAUCUGCCCCCCUUGAUCUCGCCGUCCCACCCUCCAAAGGUCAGGUGACCCCGGCCAAUAACAGUUGGGCCUUUUCCCGUCACCACCACCAGCACAGUCUGCCAUCCAACAGCUAUGGCACGCCGUUUACUCCGACUAGCAAUGCUUCUCCAAAGGUUGCAGUUCCUCAGACAGAUUCUGCAGCUCUUGGGCGUCGGUUUGAGAGAGCAUCGACCGAUUUGUCCUUUAGCAGUUUUCCUGACAAUAUCGAUACAAAGCCCCCACAGAACGAAGCUUCUCAUGCGAAUCAAAAUUUCAUGCCGAAGCUUCAGGCAUCAUAUUCAACCUCCGAUUUGCCAACCAUGCGGGCCGCUAACCCUAUCAGUGUUCAGGGCUAUGGUAGGAUUGCAAUGGAUAGGCCUAGGCAUAGUCGUGAACCGUCCACCAGUGGUGAUAUGCCUCUCUCGGUAUAUAACCAAAACCUUGGGUAUUCCUCGCCUGAGCUAAUGUAUCAGCAGGGAGGUGGACCUCUCGCCUUUGGUCCACCCCUCAACGUCAAUGUUGGCUCGAUGCCUGUGAUGACGCCUGGGAUGCAGUCCCCUCUUCCGUCUCCUGGUAUAUACGGAGGCCCCUCUGCGGGACUUUACGGGGGCUAUGGGAAUAUCAAUAUCGGGAAUCUUACGAAUCCCGGUUAUCACAUGACGCCUCUUGGUCCUUUUGGAGCUCAUCCAAACUAUCAACAAGUGCCCAAGGUUGGCGAAGGGCCUCAUCAGGGAGGCGGUGCACAGAAUCGGAAUGUGCAAAAGAGAGGACAUGACGGAGAGGGUAUGCUCUAUGACUACUAUGGCGCAAGAUCAUAUCUAAUGGAACGCGCAGCGAAUCGCUUUGCCAAUACUCCUCUCGAGAGCCUGACUGGCAAUAUCUACGAGCUCUGUAAGGAUCAGCAUGGGUGCCGCUAUCUCCAAAAGAAACUUGAAGAACGCAGCCCCCAAUACGUGCAGAUGAUCUUCCUUGAAACUCACGCCCACGUGGUUGAGUUGAUGACUGGUAACCAGGUCCUCGCUUCGAACCUGCGCCGACUGUGCUGACCUGGGGUAGAUCCCUUUGGGAAUUACCUCUGCCAAAAACUUCUCGAAUAUGCCAACGAUGAACAGAGGACUGUUCUUGUCAAUACUGCUGCCCCUCAGCUCGUCAAGAUUGCCCUGAACCAGCACGGGACCAGAGCGCUGCAGAAAAUGAUUGAGUACAUUACCACACCAGAGCAGGUUGGCUUACCUCCUUCUUACCAGAGGCCAUGAUUUCUGACUGUAGAAAUUAGAUUCGCACUGUCAUUCACGCCCUUCAAAGCAAGGUGGUGGAGCUUAUCCAAGAUCUCAAUGGUAAUCACGUUAUUCAGAAAUGUUUAAAUCGCUGGAAGAAGGAAGAAAACAAGGUAACCUGGCUACUUGGUCCUUCAUAGACACGGUGACUAACUCUUGGAUGAAGCUUCAAUUCAUAUUUGAUGCCGUUGGUGAGGAUUGUGUUGCUGUGGGAACACAUCGCCACGGUUGCUGUGUUCUUCAACGCUGUAUAGAUCAUGCGGCCGGAGCUCAAAAGGUCAAGUUGAUUCAAAAGAUUACUGCUCAUGCGAUUGAACUCGUGGUUGAUCCCUUCGGGAAUUACGUUGUUCAGUAUAUCUGUAAGUGGGCUCAUUUAUCCUCGGAUUUCUCUAGCCAUUGACCGGUAUUAUCUCUGCAGUGGAUCUGGCCGACCCUAUGCUGUCCGAACCUUUGAUUCUCAAGUUUAGGGGCCGUGUCUGCGAACUCUCGAAACAGAAGUUUAGCUCUAAUGUUAUCGAGAAGGUUCUCUUUUCUGUCAUUGGGAAUGGUAAUGAGAAUGCUAACGGUUCCACAGUGUAUUCGUGUUGCUGAGCCGCCGACGAAAAAGAUAUUGAUUGAAGAAAUGCUUCCUAAUCAGGCUGAGUUGGAAGCAUUGCUUCGGGACUCUUAUGCCAACUAUGUGAUUCAGACGGCUGUAAUAGUCCCCCUGAAUGUUGUUCUAUACCUAGCUAACGAUGGCCGAAUUAGAUGGAUUAUGCUUCUCCUGAGACCAAGCAACAGUUGGUUGACAGCAUUAGACCAAUCCUUCCGGCAAUUCGCAUGACACCGUAUGGACGCAGGAUUCAGUCCAAGAUCCAGAUCUCCAGCGGUGGCAGCACAUCGGCCGGCCUGCCCUUUCCGAGCGGGAGUUCUCCGGGGGCUCAUCCGCCGGCGCCUUCCCGUUCGCACUCCUUUAACCAACCGACUGUCCGUCCGAACCUUGUACAACAGCAACAGCAACAGCAACAACAACAACCAUACCCUUCCCCCUUUCGUACUGACAUGGCGAACUCUUACUUCGCCUAAUAUUUUCUUUGCAUGUUGAUAUAGGGACUCUUAUUGCCCUUGCUGCACCUAUGUUGUUUCUCUAGCUUUUGCUUCUUCUCUGCUUUUCUUUCAACCUUUUUCCUUCGGAUUUUCAUGGGGAUGAAAGGGUGGAUGCGAUACGAUAGGACACGAUACGAUGCUUAUACGAUAUGGAUCGAAUGGCAACAUGCGAGUUGCUAAGUUUCUAGGGGUUGUCGUUAUUUCAUAAGGGGUGUACGGACAAAUAUUCUCUGGGCGCGGAGGUUGCGGGCGAGGUGAUGGAAAAAAUGAACAGCAUAAUGCGGAUGUGCUAUGGCUGUAUAGUAGAGGCAUUUGCAAUAUUGUUGAUGGUUUGUAAACUAUGUUACAGGUGUUGCUUGCAUAGAUUAGCACUGGUUUUAUUGUGUUUUCCCCUUCUUUCAUUUUUUAUCCUGCAUAUUUCUCUCUUUCUGGCAUUUUAUCUCUGUGUUGCUAGUUUCCAUGUCUUUUAUUUUCAUACUCUUUUUUUUCUUCCCCCUCUUGUUUUGUCAAAUAUGCAAAACAGUGCGCGAUGUAAGUUAGCUCUGAUUGCUUGGUGGGAUGGAAGGAGAAGGGGCUGUUGGGGGGCUUCGUAUCUUUGCAUUCAUGGACGGUAUCGAGGCUCGUUCUUGUAUUUAGCCUUACUGAGCCAUUGAUCAGUGGUUCUUGUGAUCAAACUUAUUAUCAGAAUCAAUGAUAUGAUUCUUACAUGUC